AGUCCCAACUAGCACAGCCCUUAGGUCCUUAGAGAUGGCCAGCAGCUUGGCUGGUGCUCCACCCCUACCAGCCACGGUGAUUUCCAGACCUCCCCCAGCACUGGGUGGGAACCAGUUCAGGAUUGUAGUCUUUCUGGUGCUUCUGACUGCCACAGUGUCCCCAGACUGUGGGAAGCCUCAGCAGCUGAACCGCAUCGUGGGAGGUGAGGACAGCAUGGAUGCCCAGUGGCCUUGGAUUGUUAGCAUCCUCAAGAAUGGCUCCCAUCACUGUGCAGGCUCCCUUCUCACCAACCGCUGGGUGGUCACUGCUGCACACUGCUUCAAGAACAGUGUGGACAAGCCAUCUCUGUUCUCAAUAUUGUUGGGGGCCUGGCAGCUGGAAAACCCAGGCCCAAGGUCCCAGCAAGUGGGUAUUGCUUGGGUGCUGCCCCACCCCAGGUAUUCUUGGAAGGAGGGAACCCGUGCAGACAUCGCCCUGGUGCGCCUGGAACACCCCAUCCAGUUCUCUGAGCGGAUCCUGCCCAUUUGCCUGCCUGACUCCUCUGUCCAGCUCCCUCCCAACACUGACUGCUGGAUUGCAGGCUGGGGAAGCAUCCGUGAUGGAGUGCCCCUGCCCCAGCCGCAGACCCUUCAGAAGCUGAAGGUACCCAUCAUCGACUCAGAACUCUGCAAACGCUUAUACUGGCGGGGUGCGGAGCAGGAAGCCAUCACUGAGGACAUGCUGUGUGCUGGUUACCUGGAAGGAGAGCGGGAUGCCUGUCUGGGCGACUCUGGGGGUCCCUUGAUGUGCCAGGUAGAUGACGCCUGGAUACUGACUGGCAUUAUCAGCUGGGGAGAAGGCUGUGCGGAGCGCAACCGGCCUGGUGUCUACACUAGCCUCCUGGCUCACCGCUCCUGGGUGCAGAGGAUUGUGCAAGGGGUGCAGCUGCACGGGCACUUGGCGGACAGUGGGGACACCGGGAGCUCCUAAAUUGGGAUCUGAAGAUGAACAGCCUCUUGCUGGUCUCUCUGCUGUAAAUAUGUCUUCUACCUCCGGGGGGCGCCAGCGGCUUACACGGAGAGCAGGAGCAGGGAACUCCCAAUUGAGGCUGGGGUGUGUGUGUGUGUGUGUGUGUGUGUGUGUGUGUGUGUGUGUGUGUGUGUGUGUGUGUGUGUGUGUGUGUGUGUAUGUGUGUGUGUGCUAAUGAUUUUUUACAGUUAUUUGUAACCAUGCCAUAUAUUUAUUCCAGUUUCAAUAAAUUAUUUAUUCCCA